AUGGCGCACCUCCUGGGCCACCCCGGCUGCAUGGAGAGCCUGCGGGCCGACCUGAGGGACCUGCAGGCAGCUAUUGCCGACGUCUCCUCCCGGGCCGGGGCUGUGCGUUUCCCCUCCUGGAAGUUCCCCGAUAAAGUGUCCUGCGACCUGGACCUGACAGCGCUGCUGGAGCGGUACAGUUAUGCCGAGAACGACCCCGAAUUCACCCAGCACUCCCACGUGGUGCUGCUGGAGCUGGUGAUAGACAGACUGCUGCUGCUGCUUCAGAGCUUCACAGGCUAUGCAGAAAACCUGCUCAACAAGCAAGCUGUCCCCCCGGCGCAGACAGUGGGACCCUGCAUGUCCGCAGGACUGACCGUGAGGAGGUACUGGUGCAGCAUGCUGAAACUGGGGGCCUUCUACCAGCAGCUCCUGGCUGAGAAGAAGACUUGCAGGAAGGAGAUCCCCACGCUGCAAUGCCUUCCCCAGGCUGGGAAACCUGGGAAGGAGCACCUGAAACACUGCUUGCCUGACGUUUUGGAGUUAAGAACUUCCACAGAAGUUGCCCAGUCCACUUCUCUGUGCCCGUCAUCAAGUGUCUGUGCACCAGACAGUGACGCCUCAGGCAGCUCCCUGCCCAGGGCUGCCCGCAGCAUGGCUGAGAGCAGCCGCAGCAUCCCCACGCAGACGACUGGGUUGUCUCUGGAACCCUGUGACACCUGUGUCAGCGCACAAGCCAGCCUCCGGGAGGUCGGCAAAGCCGUCACCAGCAUCUGCCAGAGCCAGAACAUCCCCUCGGCUCUCAGCAGGUUCCAGGACACGGUGGAGGGAACCACAGGGAAAAUGACCCUCUCUGCAACAGAUGUGUGCUACUGGGCCUCAGAGCAGAGCAAGGACCUCUCCCGGAUCAGCAAACACCUCCAGAUGCUGCUGCAGCAGGUCAACCCUCUGAAGUCUGAGCUGGAGGAGUCAGAGAGGCAGAAGGACAAGCUGCGGAAACAGGUUGAGGACUUUUCUCAGUUGCUUCAGGUGGAGAAGGAGACCCAAGCGCAGCAGAGGAAGGAGGCUGAGCAGAGCCUAGAAGUAAAGAACAAAGAGUAUUUAGAGGCUGUAGCCAGGCUGGAGCAGGACAAGGAUGACCUACGGAGAGGAGCUGCGCUGCUGGAAGAGCGAUUCUCCGCCUUAAAGGAAGAGCUGGCUGUGAAGCAGGCUGCUGUGCAGGAGCUGGAAGUCAGCAAGACAACCUUGCUGGAGGAGAUGAGGACCACGAUGGUGGCCAGGAGCCGGGUACUGGAGCUGGAGGAGAAGGUGGAGCUGCUCACCGGCCAGCGGGAGAGCCUGGGGCAGGAGCUGAGUACCACCACCACCCAGCUGGAGAAGGAGAAGGCCAAAGUGGAGAGCACGCUGAGGCACCAAGAGUCCCUGCAGGCCAAGCAGAGGGCCCUGCUGCAGCAGCUCGACAGCCUGGACCGGGAGCGUGAGGAGCUGCAAGCCAGCCUGGGAGAGGCCGAAGAGGACAAGGCCAGGCUGGCAGAGCAGCUGGAGGAGAGCCAGGAGCAGAGCAGGCAACAGCUACGGGCGCAGCAGGAGCUGCUGGAUGCGCUGCAGCAGGAGAAGCUGAGCCUGGAGCAGUCUGUCUCAGAGCUGCAAGCAAAUGUGUCCAGGCUAGAGAAGCAGGCACGGGAGCUGAAGGAGCGGGAGAGGCUCCUGGUGUUCUUCCCCGAGCUCCACGUCCCUGCUGAGAUGCAGUUUGAGAGCACUGGGAGCUUGACCAUGGAUAUGGAGAAGCAGCUGCAGGCCAACAGCAUCCGGAUCAGCGUGCUGGAGCAGGAGAAUGUGCGGCUCAGGUCUGCGCUAGCCAAGGUGAAGGCAGCUGCUGAGCAGGGUGUGCUGAAGCUCGUCCCGCAGACCCAGCUGUGGCGGCCGAGCAGCCGAGGCAGCAGGGACAGCAGAGGGACGCACGGACGCACAGAUGAGGCCCGGCAGCGAGCUCCCAGCAGCCAGCGGCUGAAGCCACUCUCAGCAGAGUCCACGUGCAAAGCCGGACUCUGCCUCUCACUCCCGGCUGAGGGCCUGGUGCUCAACCCCGCUGAGCCAAGGGGGAGAGGCAGACCAUGCCCCCCCUCCUCUCACCACGCUGGUGGCUACCGCAAAUAA